CUGCUGCGCCUCAGCCCCUCUCCGCCGCCGCCCGGGGCUCUUCUCGCCUCCCCGCCCCGUCUUCGGCCAUCGCAGCAGGCAUGGGCUGUUUCUGCGCGGUCCCGGAGGAAUUUUACUGCGAAGUUUUGCUCCUGGACGAGUCCAAGCUGACCCUGACCACACAGCAGCAGGGCAUCAAGAAGUCAACGAAGGGGUCUGUUGUCCUGGGCUACGUAUUUCGUCACUUAAACCUGGUGGAAAUAGAUUACUUUGGGCUGCGCUACUGUGACCGAAGUCAUCAAACGUACUGGCUGGAUCCUGCAAAGACCCUCGCUGAACAUAAAGAAUUGAUAAACACUGGACCACCAUACACUCUGUAUUUUGGCAUUAAAUUUUAUGCAGAAGAUCCAUGUAAACUUAAGGAAGAAAUAACAAGGUAUCAGUUUUUCUUGCAGGUAAAGCAAGAUGUUCUACAGGGCCGUUUGCCUUGUCCAAUCAACACUGCAGCACAGUUGGGAGCAUAUAUAAUUCAGUCUGAGCUGGGGGACUAUGACCCAUACAAGCACACUGCAGGUUAUGUCUCCGAGUACCGCUUCGUUCCUGACCAGAAGGAAGAGCUGGAGGAUGCCAUAGAGAGGAUACACAAGACUCUGAUGGGUCAAGUUCCUGCUGAGGCAGAAGUGAACUACUUAGGUGUGGCCAAAUCUCUGGAAAUGUAUGGGGUGGAUCUCCAUCCUGUUUAUGGUGAAAAUAAAUCUGAAUACUUUUUAGGAUUAACACCCAUAGGAGUUGUUGUCUACAAGAAUAAAAAACAAGUAGGAAAGUAUUUCUGGCCUAGAAUUACGAAAGUUCACUUCAAGGAAACACAGUUUGAACUUCGAGUCCUGGGAAAAGAUUGCAAUGAAACUUCCUUCUUUUUUGAAGCACGUAACAAGGUCACAUGCAAACAUCUCUGGAAAUGUUGUGUAGAGCAUCAUACAUUUUUCAGGGUGCCAGAGAAUGAAUCAAACUCUCUGUCAAGAAAAGUCAGCAAGUUUGGAUCCAUAGGUUAUAAACAUCGGUACAGUGGAAAAACAUCUUUGCGAAUGACCAGAGACCCCUCUGUGCAGCUUCCACGGCCUGACCAGAGCAUUGAAAGAAGUCGCAGCAAGACUUACCCUAAAAGAGCACAACAGACAGGUUCUAAGAACAUGAGCCAGAUUACAACAAAUGGGGAAAAUGAAGGAACUACCAAAAUUAUUGCACCUUCUCCAGUAAAAAGCUUUAAAAAGAUGAAAAAUGAAAACAGUCCAGAAACACAAAGAAGUAAAACAAGCGCUCCGUGGGAGGAAAAUGGCCCACAAAGUGGACUGUAUAAUUCUGCCAGUGACCGCAAUAAAUCACCAAAGUUUCCUUACUCUCGCCGAAGGAACCCAUCUGGUGGCAGUGAGAAUGAGUCUGGGCAGCCAGUUCGGAGGAGGAAAAAUCAAAACAGUGGUGAAGAUUCAGAUUUAAAGCAAAGGAGAAGGUCACGGUCCCGUUGUAACACCAGCAGUGGCAGUGAAUCCGAAAAUUCCAACAGAGAGCAUCGGAAGAAGAGAAACAGAUUGCGGCAGGAGAAUGAUAUGGUUGACUCGGCUCCUCAGUGGGAAGCUGUGCUGCGGCGGCAGAAGGGGAAAACCCAGGCAGAUCCAAACUACCGGCGAUCCAGGCACAGAUCUCGAUCGAGAAGCCCAGAUGUACAAGCUAAAGAAGAACUGUGGAAACAUAUUCAGAAGGAGCUUGUGGAUCCAUCUGGCCUAUCUGAGGAGCAAUUGAAAGAAAUUCCAUACACUAAAGUAGAGACUCAAGGCGACCCCAUCCGCAUCCGGCACUCGCACUCCCCUCGCAGCUACCGGCAGUACCGGCGGUCCCAGUGCUCCGAUGGGGAGAGAUCUGUCCUGUCUGAAGUGAAUGUCAAAACUGAUCUGGUCCCUCCACUGCCUGUUACACGAUCUUCAGAUGGGAAAGUUCCCAGCAUCCACAUGACUCAACAGAGGCAGAAUGGAUCUAAGGACAGCCUGACAGAAGAACCAUCUCUGCUAUCCACUAAUAAUGUUGAUGGAAAACCCAACACUAAGAUUGUAAAAACUGUACAGGUGUCACGCUUCAAGGUGGAGACUUGACUGAUGAAUUGAAGAUGGUGAAUGGAUUUUGGUCUUUGGAAAGUGAGAAUUUGUUUAUGUGUGCAACAGAAGGAACUGAAGUCGACGUGGUGGUCUUUCCUUCAGGACACCUGGCAGUGCAGCCGGCUUGCUGGGAAGACCAAGCAAUGGUUUUAUCACCAACACCAUUCUAGUGGUGUGACUGAUUGAGAACAAGCUGCCUGAUAGACAACCAAAACCAAAAUUCUUUGCAAAACUGAAAGAUCAGUAGUUACAUUUCCAAAAAAAUGAACAACAAGAAAAAAAAUUGCUGCAACAAAACAGGCUUCAUGGUCUGCUCUGUAACUGAAUAGCCUUGUUUCAAGAAGUGACUGUUAACUGACAUGAUCAGGAUCAGAUGCUUCAAGAUAAGUAAAAUAGUAAUAUUUUUGGUCAAUUGUGCAAUACAGUGUGAUAUGGGGAAAUUAUCUUCACAAUUUAUAUGGGGAUCAACUUAUGUUCUGAGACAUAAGGACAAAUAAUAGCUCUUGCAAGAGUUAUUUUUAACCUAGCACAAUAACAGACGCUUGUGUUGUUGAUACAAAUUCUGACUCAACCCAUUUUAGCUCAAAAACAGUAGACUCUGUAACAUGCUGUAGCAGUGCAUUCCAGAGAUGAUACAGACUUACUUUGCUUUGGGCAGGUUUAAGUGUUCUAAAUUUUGAAUGUCCUUUUGUGUAUAGGGACUAUAUAAAUGAACAUUCCAUACCACAGAAAUACAUUUACCAACUUGUAGUUAAGCACAUUGGAAACAGGGGAAGAUAAAUUGACCCACUGUGUUAAGACUGCUUAACAAGGCACUUCAGUGCUGGUUAAAUGAAACUUGUGGAGUAGUAUUUAAAACAGCUAGAAAAUAGCGCCUUUUUUUUUUUUUUAAAUCUAGGUUAGCAAAAUCUGUUUUAAUAUCUCAUAUAAAAUAAUCUGACACUUUUCUCUGAGCCAUUUCUACUAUGUUAAAAUGACAAAGGCAGUAUUUCAGGUAUGAGAACUAUAAUUUUUUUUCUAUUGUCAUGGUAGGAAUACUAAGUUUUAAUGAUGCUGCACAUUGAGUGGUUAUCUUCUAAUAUAUAUCUGAAGUGAUGCCUGGUUCUCCUCUUGUCCUAUCACUUCUUACAUAUAUCUGAAAAUCACUUCUCUGCCUCCCAUUUGUCCACAGUCAGCACAUGGAUGAACCUUCAGAUGUUGCUGUCUUGCUAUAGAGCUUAGCAAAGUCUUUGUGUUGUGGAAGUAAUUUUUUGCUAAGUGUAAUCAUUGAACUAAGUACUGAAUUUGUCAAACAAUCUCGCAAACAGCUGUAGCAGCUCAUGUGCCUUUCUACAUCUGUCCUCUCUACACUCAACCCUCACAGAGAUUCGCAGUGAUCCUGUGUCUUCCAGUCCAAGCAACACCAGGGAAUUGCAGCCCUGUCAGAAAAGCAACACCGCUUGAGAACUGGAGUUAUCAUAAGGUGUUUAAGUUACACUUUUACAAGAGGCAUGGGAUUACUAAUACACAUAUUAACUGACUAGACUGGUAAGCAAAAUGUUGUACAAUGUGUUUUAUUUUCCACUUUAUUUUUUGAUUCUUCAUUGUUUCACGAUGUGGUCAGGUGGAUGUUACCAGCCAGGGUGGCCGCCAUACAGUUUGUAUAUUCCUAUCACAGUAUACAGUGGUCUCUAGGUUAGCAAGUGCUGCAGGGAAGGCAGAGUCAUGUAACAAAUACUCUUCUUUGGUCAUUUACUUGGGACAGCUCUGCUUCUACAGUCUCAGUAAACAAAUCUAAGGGAAGGAAAGAGCAAGAUAAAAAAAAUUAAUGUAGUAAAAAUUCAGUUUUCAUGCAGGUUCUUUAGAAUUUUUUUAAUUUCCUGUGGAUUUAAUUCUAGGACAUUGUUGGCCUUGGUUUAAAGUAUUUGUUCAGCUUUUAAAGUUUGUUAAAUGGUUUCAUUGUCAUUGCUCCAAUUUAAAGAGAUCCUGUAGGGUCCGUUUAUGACCUUCUGGAGUACUGUCAAGAACAACAGUCAAGAAAAGUCCAAACAAAACAAAAAAACAAACCAAACCAAAAUGAAAAACAAAAUCCAAACCCAAACCACAACAAAAAACCCUGAUCAACCCCUAGGAAAAAAAAAAAAAUCACCAUGGCAAAAUGAAGAGCAUCACAAUCUUUUUGGAAGGCAACUGAAAAAUGACAAAGAACUGAUUAGUAUCAGCAACGAAAGCUGCUCCUUGUUCCUUUGAGAACAUAUUCCAGCUUGGAGCAUUACACACUUAUAGUUUGGUGCUUUCUAAUCAUUACUAUUAAUUUGCUAUCCUUACCCAGCACAGGUAAGUAUCACAUAUCUACUACUGCAGGGGGAUUUGUGUUAUUGAGAAUUAUCUGUACAUAGUGUACCUAUCUUGCCAAUCUUUAAAUAUUGAUCAAGAAGGUUUAUAUCAAAACUCAUGCUUUUCUGUAUGCUUUCAUCUUCCUGUGGGCCUUUUGUGUGUUAUUGCUGGAUACCCUCAGCCAAGUGCAUGGUAUUUUACUUUCUGCACUACAUCAGAAAAUAGCUUGUCUAGUCCAGUAGUGAAAGGUUUAAAUUCUCAAGUCACUGGAGAGUUGUUUUGUAAUCAAGCCAACUUUUUUGCAUUUAGAAGAGAAGUUUGCAGAGAGAGCCCUAGAUUUGAGUUAGUGAUCUUCUCCCUUAUGAGACUAUGUAGAAAGCAGGUUUUUAGCCAGUCUGCUGUUAGCCUGGGCCACUACAAUCCAGUUUUGUGUCCACAAAAGACUAAAGAUAUAAUGCCUCUAUUACACAUUUUCCAAAUGUUUUGUUGUGCCAAAACAAGGCAAAACUUGCAACAAGGGUAUCACUGUCAGGUAAUAGUACAGAAAAGCAAGUUUUUUUCGUAUAUGUGAUCCUCCUUUCCCUUCAAACUUCUUUUCCUCAAUCAUUUGAGGAAAAGCAUCUUUUUUUUUUAUAUUUUUGUGAGAGAUACACACAAGUGAUCAAUCACUGAAAACACUGUGUCACAGUUAUGCCUUCUACAACUAAACCAGCUCUACAUGUCUAAGUGAUCAGCCUCUUAGAGCUCCGAGCUACACCUUGCCCUCUCCACUGUCGCUACCCUUCCCCAGCUCUCCUGGGAUGUUCAGUGCCUAGAGGCAGUUGCAUUUCAGAUCUGGAGUCUGGAUGUCAGUCUAAAAUCCUUGUACAUCCUGAAGAAUCAGGCAAAAGACAUGAGAUGUGUAACAGUGUCAGGAAGUUUACCCUGGGGUUGAAUGCCAUACACAGACCCCUGCUCACUUGGACAAAGGACUGGUAUUUGAGGCCUUCUCAUCUUAAUUCUCCUGAAUUGAUCUCAGGCUAAUGGUUUUAACUUCGUGCCUCUGCCAUUACCUCUUCUGAGACUUCCAUAAGUGCUAAGCAUUGGUAAGUUACAGAACUCUCACUAAUUAGCAACAAUUACAACAUAUUUGUACAACCUUUUGCAAAACAUGCAUUUUAUACAAUAAAGAAGGCUUGCUAACCACAGCACAAAAGCACUGUAGUAUAUCCUAUACUGGUUCCCUUGCUUAGUUGGCUGGUUUCUUUCAUUUGGAACUAGCCUGGACCUGCUGUUUUCUACAUUGCACCCCUUCCAGUAUCACUAACUCUGCAACUUGUAUUCUAACUAAGCUCAUUAUAUUGAUGAUGUUUGUUGCAAAGUCAUUCCUAUUUGAGUUGCCAAAGUCAUUCCCUUUAUGCAGGUGGAUAUUGAACUAAAGAGAUAGCAUGUUUUCUUUUGGGAAGAUUUGUUUAAUUCAGAACUCCCUAGAAAGGUGUUUGAAGACAACAUACAUGAACAUACCAAUGUGAUACAUUUGUUCCAUGUACAUUAAGUAUUCAUGAAGCAACUGUGUGCUUUAUUUUAAAAUGAGUUUGAUAGAUGGCUGUGUCAAUACUUGUGUCCAGGUUAUUUAAAAGUCAAGUAAAACUUGAAUUUUUAGGGCAUUGCAUGGUUGCCUGUGUGUCUUAUUUACAUUACACCUUAUAAGGAGCAAAGCCUUCAGAAACAGAUUCAUUUGACACCACCAUCUGGUAAAAACAGGUGUAGUACCAAUUAAAAUCCACUUGAGGAUACAGCUUCUCCAGAUUAAGUACUUUAUCUUGUAGCAGGAAGUUGUCAGUGUAAGCUUUGCAUUUCCAGUGCACAUCUAUACCAGUUUCCUUUCUCACCUAAGAAUCACCAGAGAGCAACCAGCAGACUAUGUAAGCUGUCAAAGCAAACACAGAUACAGAGCCAGUGUGGCAGACACUCUCUCCUCAAUGUGUCUGUUUUUAUUCCUGUAUUUGUUCUCCUGAGUAAGAACUGUGGUGUGUUGACCUUGGCAGGACACCAGGUGCCCAAGCUGCUCUAUCACUCCCCUCCUUAACAGGAUGGGCAAAGGAAUUAGAUGGAAAAAAUCCUUGUGGGUCAAGAUAAAGGAGUUUAGUAAAGCAGAAGCAAAAGCAAAAAAUAGCCAAACUCCAAAAGAUUUACUUUUUCUACUUCCCAGGAGCACAUGGUGUCCACCCAGUUCCUGCAAAGUAGGGCUUCAGCGCAUGUAGUAGG